AUGUCAACAUCACACCGUAUCGGACAGCGCAUCUCUUAUGAUGGCGCUCUCUGCACAGUGAGAUUCAUUGGUGAAGUCGCAGGCACAACAGGGACAUGGCUGGGUGUAGAAUGGGACGACUCAGCCCGAGGCAAACAUGACGGGUGUCACAAGGGCGUUCGUUAUUUCACUUGCAAAUCUAAAUUCCCCACCGCUGCUUCAUUUGUGCGGCCUUCUCGACCGGCUGACCCGCCGCGUCACUUCCUGGCAGCUGUCAAUCACAAAUAUGCCGGCGAGUACACGCUUCCAGACGGAAGAAGGGCAGCAGAGGAGAUCAUAUUCUUUGGGAAGCGUGCUGAGGAGGUUGGGUUCGAGAAGAUCCGCAAGAAGCAAGCCAAUAUUGGCGAGCUUACGGUGGUGAUUCUGGAGGACCUUCAAGUCGCCAGCGCAAGAGCCGAGGACGAAAGUGAGGGAAUCAUUUCCAAAACAUGUCCCAAAAUCACGCAACUGGAUCUUAGUCGAAACCUGUUUGAGCGGCUUGACCCUGUCUUUGAUAUUUGCCGUGAGCUACCAAACCUCCAGCAUCUUACCCUCAAUGGCAAUCGAUUUCAGGAGAUUUUGGACAACAAAACUGAGAAUGUUCUCAGUAACGUCAAGGAACUAUCCCUGGAGGAAACCGUGAUGAGCUGGGAAGAAGUUUGUCACAUUGCAACAAAGUGUCCGUCGCUAGCCGCUCUUGAUGCUGGAUCAAACCAACUCCAAUCUAUCCCGGAACUAACCUACGGCACCCUUCCGUCGACUUUGACAUCUAUCAAUCUUGAAAUCAACGAGUUUAGCACGUUUGUCGAUGUCAGCACCCUCACUGCACUUACUUCUCUGCGCAACAUUCAUCUCAAGGGAAACAACAUCACUGCAAUCGCACCAGAGGGCGUUGACGGCCCAAUCUUCUCAGAAAGCGUCCAGUACCUUGAUGUUUCAUAUAACAACAUUCAGUCAUGGACAUUCGUGGACAAGCUUCCCAAACAUUUCCCUGGUUUGGUUGGAUUGAGGAUUGGCCACAAUCCAUUUUAUGAUGCUGCUGACGCCGAUGCCAAAGCAUCCUCUUCAGAAGAGUCUCACAUGUUUACCAUUGCUCGAUUGGCUUCACUUAAAUCGCUCAACUUCAGUCAAGUCACACCGGCUGAUCGAACAAAUGCUGAAAUGUUUUACCUUUCUCGGAUCGGAAAGCAGCUUGCAGCUGCACCGGAAGAGGCUGAAGCAGAAGUCUUGGCGCUGCAUCCCCGUUACACAGAACUAUGCGAGAUUUACGGCGCACCAAACAUUGUACGUAGGUCAGAGGUCAAUCCUGCGUUUUUGGAGGCUCGUUUGGUCACUGUUGGCUUCCUUGUAGAAGGAGGCGAAGAGAAAUCAACAAAGAUUCCCAAGUCCUACGACAUCUACGCCGUCAAAGGGAUUGCUGGAAAACUCUUUGGCUUGUCGCCGCUCAAACUUGGCCUCAUCUGGGAAACAGGAGAAUGGGAUCCUGUCGCUGGCUUUGAUGAUCAAGAGGGCGAAAGUAGUGACGAGGAGGAUGCCGAGGAAGAGAGGGAACGCAAGGAUGUCGAUGCAAACGCUGCUGAGGAAGAAGAGAACACAGGUAAACCAGGAAGAUGGGUUAAGAGAGAAGUUGAGCUUAAAGAUGGACCGAGACAAUUGGGUUACUGCGUGGAUGGUUUGGAUGUCAAGAUCCGUGUGGAGGCUCGAUAG